CCGCUUCUUACUUUACGCUCGCAGACUUGAACAGACUUCAUCAUGCACGACUGUUGAAAAAAGAGGAAUCGGUUGGUGUUCGCAGACCCAAAGUUGCACAGAGGACACUCAAACUUUGGUUGGGACUGGUGACGAUGAAGACACCCCCUGUUGUUGUACGGAAGACAUCAAGCCCAACAAACAACAAGGCAUCACGAUCCAAAAUCCAUAUCCAAGGCUUCUUCCACAAGUGGUGGAGGCCAUCUCAGUAAAUUGAUAGUCCCAGGGACGGCUCAUUUAUUUGUCGCUGAUCUUCUGAACAAGCAACGGGCAACAUGGCUACGAUGAUGGAAUCCUUAUUCAGUGAUGUCAACAGCACCUUGGCGAACACCGGCCUCCACGCCAACAUCAAGAUGGUUUGGUACCCGGUGGAUGAGGCUGGAGAGUGUCUUCGUGUUGGACAGAAAGCGAGUGCACCAUAUGAAGAGCUUUCAUGCCUUUAUCCAACUUAUGGAAUGACAUACUUUGAAUGGGAAAAGAGAGGCAUGACAGAGCUUCAUGAACAGAUUUGGGAUUUCAUGAGACACAAUCCUUGGGUGCCUUACGUUACAUGUGUCCUCUAUGGGCUGGCUAUUGUUUUGGGGCAGAAAUACUUUGCCAACAGACCUCCCUUGAACUGGCGGAAAGCUUUGGCAGCUUGGAACCUGGGAUUGGCAAUUUUCUCCUUUGCGGGAUUUACCCGAACUGCCCCGCAGCUGGCCCACAAUCUUUAUCACUAUGGUUGGGAAAACACCCUUGACUCUUACCCUUUAAGCGCUGUAGGGCAAGGAAGCAGCUGCCUCUGGGUCUUUGCCUUUAUUCUCAGCAAGUUUGUGGAACUCAUUGAUACCAUGUUCAUUGUGGUCCACAAGAAGAAGCUGCUUUUCUUGCAUUGGUACCACCACAUUACAGUCCUUCUGUUCUGCUGGCACAGCUGGGUCACAUACCAACCAAUGGGUCUUAUCUUUUGCGUUGUCAACUAUGGUGUUCACAGCAUCAUGUAUUUUUACUACUACUUGAUGGCCGUCAAGAGAAAACCCAAGUGGUUCAAUCCCCAGAUCAUCACUGUGGUACAGAUUUUGCAAAUGGUUGUGGGUGUCAGGGUGUGCACACAAUCUUGGCACCUGGCCAAACACCGUGGAUCAUUUGUAGACAAGAGGGUUAUCGUUGCCGGUUUGGUCAUGUAUGCCAGCUAUCUUGCCCUUUUCAUGCAAUUCUUUGUUAACCGAUACCUCGUUGGCAAGAAAGUGAAGAGCUCCUAGUCGAACUGAAGACUGAUAAUGCCAAAUCAAUCAUCAAAGCCUCCAUGGAAUGAUGAACUCAACAAUCAUCUCAUAGGAUCCGUGCUCACGUCAUCAUUGUUUGUGAUGCAUGUCGAUGGGGCUAGCUGUACAACGAAAACUUUGUCGUUUGGAAAGAGCGGAGAAAAGGAACAGUUUGUAUCUGUAGUCAUCAAACGUGAGAAUAAAUCUGCAUAAGAAUACAUUUCCGUACAUGUAAGAACCUAAUUCGCUGUUGGCUGGCUGCUGAGUGAAGGGCG